AUGGUGGAUGGUUGCAGCUCUCUGGUGGGAGCUCCUCUGACCAAGUUCCCACGCUCAGAAAGUCCAGCCGGCUGUGAGCAGAGGUUGCAUGAGAGCCAGUCGCAGGAAUCCUCAGCAGCUCGGAGCCGCAGAGACUGGAGCAAGGAGCCUCCGGUGCAGCGAGGGGGAAUUCUUGAGUCGGCUACUGGCCACAGCGGAGGCUGGAGAAGCAGAGGCCCGGCGGUGAAGAGCAGGAUGCUCGUGUUUUUGACACUGGCCAUCCUCCUCGCGGCCACAGAUGGGAAAGUAUUCGAGAAGUGUGAGCUGGCUCGGAUAUUCAAACAGGGAGGAUUGGAUGGUUUUAAGGGAUAUGAUCUGAAAGAAUGGGUGUGCACGGCGUUCUACGAGAGCACCUACAACUCCGGUGCCAUCAACAUCAACUGGAAAAGGGGAACGGCUCUGUCCAUGGACUGUGGUAUCUUCCAGAUCAACAGCUUCUGGUGGUGUUUGGAUUCGCACACUUCUGUCACCAAGCGGAACUGUGGCAUGUCGUGCGGAGGUAGGUCCCGUUACGCAGCCGCAGUCAGGGCUGAUUGGACUUCGCUUUAG